UGAGUUUUAAUAUUAUAAAAUAAGAACAGACGUGAAAUGUACGAGUGUCAUACGAUAGCGUAGAGUAGACAGACUUGUUUAUCGCAUCGAAUAUAACUCUCAGGGGCCAUGGUUAGUUGUGCUGUGUCGCAUAUGCCUAACGUCAAUGAGUUCUGCUCACAAGUUGUUACGCAAGCUGCUGCUGGACAUAACCAAGUGUCCUGUGAUCAAUGCCAGGGUAGACCGGGAAAGAAGGGACCAUUAGGACCGCCAGGUCCCCAGGGAAACAAAGGCAAAAAAGGAGAAGAAGGUUCUUGUGACACAUUGAACAAAAGAAUGAGAAAAUUAGAAGAAAAGAUACUUGAGUCAGAGAAAAAGUACAACAAUCUUCCGAAGUCCGUUCGUUGCUAUAUGGGAAUGAAGAGUCGUGAUAUACCAAAUUCUGCGAUUACGUCUUCAUCGGACCACACAGCAAGCCAUGCAAGUAGAUUUGGUAGACUGGAUAUGGAGCAAGAUGGAACACGUUCAGGCGCUUGGAGUCCACUUCGAGCUGUGCUUGGAGAAUGGAUUCAAGUCGAUCUGGGAGAACCAAAAUUCGUUGCUGGAGUUAUAACGCAAGGUCGUCCAAUACAUGGUGAAUGGGUAAAAACAUUCAGAGCAAAAUGUGGGAGCUCAAUCAGCAGCCUUAGACACAUAACAGAAAAUGGAAAUGCAAAGAUAUUUAACGGAAACACGGACAUGGAUACAAAGGUUAUCAAUUUGUUUCCGUCGCCAAUGACCUGUCGCUAUAUUCGCCUGGAGCCACUCUCUUGGAUAGGAUUCAAUAGUAUGAGAUUUGAAGUUGUUCGUGGAGAUUGUUAUGACCAAUAUUAAAUGAACCUUCCAGAUACUUUAUGUUUUUGAUUUGAGAAAUAUUAUUACCAUAUCUUGAAA